CUCCUGCAGCGCUGCAGGCUGCUUGCCUAGGCUGGCUGGCUCUGAAACCCACGCAAUCCCAUCCCUUCUCCUCGGACCUCGGCUCCUCCCUUCCUUGCUCUGCCCGGCCGCCGGGCGAUGUCGUCGUCGUCGUCGGCCCUGGCGAAGGGCAAGUCCGCCAUUGGAUCCUCAUCCGGAUCUGCCAAAUUCGAGGCCAAAGGGAAAUCCUCCUCGGCAGCAGCCGCAGCCACCAAGCGAGCAACCACCACCGCCGCCAGGGGCAGGGGGAAGGCUGUCAAGAAGGUGUACUCGCUGCCCGGCCAGAAGUUCGAUCCUCCGGAGGAGAGGGAGCCCCUGAGGAUAUUCUACGAGUCGUUGUCCAAGCAGAUCCCCUCCAGCGAGAUGGCUGAAUUCUGGUUAAUGGAGCAUGGUUUGCUGUCUCCAGAGAGAGCAAAGAAAGCAUAUGAAAGGAAGCAAAAGCGGCAGCAGCAAGUGCGAAUGGGCACCCCGAUUAAGCCUAGCGGAAGCAAAGAUAGACCUGAAAGUUCAAAGAAACCAGUCGCAUCGAGCAAUAUGGACUCGAAGGCAAAGAAAAGAGUUUAUUACAGCAACGACGAUGAUGAGUUCAUUGUGAAGAUGAAGAGAUCCAGGGGAUGACAAGUUUCACAGAUGAGGUCAGAUACAUUUACUUUGGUUUCUAGAUACCAAAAAAAGACAUUCUUUAGGAUAUAUGGUGAAAUAAAUGUGUACUUUGCAGCAUACUGUAAGUGUUUUCAAAAAAGAUAGGUGGUCCAUCCUGCAACUGUAUCUGAAUCUCGCAUAGAUAUGGCCUGCAAGUUUGUGCUGUUAAAUUGGAAAUGCCUGGUAGGUAAAUGUGCCGAAUUUGUCUAGAAAUUAAUGUAUUCUGUAUGAACGAAAUGGACAUAUGUAAUAUGCAUAGUGAAUACUACUCAUACUAUCAGUAAUUACAUA